GUCCAUGGUUCCAUCCAAGGCAUGAGCCAAUUUUCGCAUCCUCGUUUGAGCAGCGGUGCCCUUAGUAGCAGCAUUGGCGUCCAAGCGGAUGACAUCGUGUGGAACCUACCACUUGCCCUCACUUACCGUUCGACCAACCCUCAUGGCUGGCCGAG